GACUUGUUUCUUGGGGGUUUGAGUUCUCUGUUACACAGGACCGGCGGAAAUCUUGCGAACGUUUCAGAAUGGCACUGCAGAAUAUUGGUAUUCGCCUCCUUCAGAAAACACAGAAUGUAUUAGUAGUGUUUCAGAAAAGGAGCAAGGCCAUCUACACAAAUGCCAGUUGUUUUAAUGAAGAAGAGAUCAAAGAAAAGCUUCAGGCAUUCCCAGGAGGAUCAGUUGACCUCAUCAAGCAGGACAGUGGCAUUGCAGUUCUUACUAUAAACAACCCCAAUCACAAGAAUGCAUUCACAGGUACAAUGAUGAUACAACUGAAGGACAGAAUUGAUCAACUUGAACAAUGGACAGAGGGAAAAGGUCUUAUUGUACAGGGAACAGCCAAUACUUUCUGUUCAGGUUCAGAUUUAAAUGCAGUCAGAGCACUAUCCAGUUGUCAGGAUGGGAUGAAGAUGUGCAUGUUCAUGCAGAACACGUUGACACAACUUCUGAGACUGCCUCUAAUAAGUGUGGCUCUAGUGGAGGGAAAAGCAUUAGGUGGUGGAGCAGAACUCACUACAGCCUGUGAUUUUAGGCUGAUGGCACCCGGGAGUGAAAUUCGAUUUGUUCAUAAGCACAUGGGUUUAGUCCCUGGCUGGGGAGGAGGAGCUAGGUUAGUCCGCAUUGUUGGAAGCCAAAAUGCCCUAAAAAUUUUGAGUACGGCAUGUAAAGUGGAUCAAGAUUUGGCACUUCAGACAAGAUUAGCAGAUGAUAUUCUGGUAUCUAAUGAAGAGGGAAGACCCUUGGAAGAUGCAUUGAAGUGGUUAAGUGAUUUCACCAAGGGACCAGCAGCUGUGAUCAGAUCAGUUAAAAAAGUGGUGCUGUCUGGGAGAGAACUGACCAGUGAUGAGGCCUUAAAAACAGAAAAAGAGGUCUUUGGAAGUGUGUGGGGUGGACCUGCCAACGUUGAAGCUUUAGCACAACGUCCAAAACACAAGUGACAUGAACCAAAUGAUUAAAACCAGCUUGACAAAUA